UGAGGGCGGUGGCGUGCGUAUUCACUCCGCGCGAAUCCGCCUUUCCGGUACCUGCUUUUUCGGAAAGGCUCCAAUUAGCAAUUUGGGGACCCAACUACAAUUUUCAGAGGUCUCCCUCCCCCUGGACUUUGAAAUGCUUUACCUGAUCGGCUUGGGCCUGGGCGAUGCCAAGGACAUCACAGUCAAGGGCCUGGAAGUUGUAAGACGCUGCAGUCGAGUGUAUCUAGAAGCCUAUACCUCAAUCCUGACUGUAGGGAAGGAAGUCCUGGAAGAGUUUUAUGGAAGAAAAUUGAUUCUUGCUGAUAGAGAAGAAGUGGAACAAGAAGCUGAUAAUAUUUUAAAGGAUGCCGAUAUCAGUGAUGUUGCAUUCCUUGUGGUUGGUGAUCCAUUUGGGGCUACCACACACAGCGAUCUUAUUCUGAGAGCAACAAAACUGGGAAUCUCUUACCGAGUUAUUCACAAUGCUUCCAUAAUGAAUGCUGUAGGCUGCUGUGGUUUACAGUUGUAUAAAUUUGGAGAGACAGUUUCUAUUGUGUUUUGGACAGACACUUGGAGACCAGAAAGCUUCUUUGACAAAGUGAAGAAGAACAGAGAAAAUGGCAUGCACACAUUAUGCUUACUAGACAUCAAAGUAAAGGAGCAAUCUUUGGAAAAUCUAAUCAAAGGAAGGAAGAUCUAUGAACCUCCUCGGUAUAUGAGCGUAAACCAAGCAGCCCAGCAACUUCUGGAGAUUGUUCAGAAUCAACGAAUACGAGGAGAAGAACCAGCAGUCACUGAGAAGACACUCUGUGUUGGCUUAGCCAGGGUUGGAGCCGAAGACCAGAAAGUUGCAGCAGGCACUUUGCAGCAGAUGUGUGCUGUGGACUUGGGAGGACCAUUACACUCCUUAAUUAUCACAGGAGAUAGCAUGCAUCCACUGGAGAUGGAGAUGCUAAGUCUGUUUUCCAUACCAGAAAAUAGCUCAGAAUCCUGUUGAUGAACUUCAUGAACAUAGACAUUUUCUAUUGUUAGAUACUAAUUUCAGUCAUAUAUGCAUGUACACAUACUGUAAAAUGAACAGUUCUUUUGGUUUACCUAAUAAUUAUAAAGCAAGUGACCAAGAAGAGAGAUGUUGAUUCAACAAUACUUGGUUUCCUGUGGCAGUGAGUUUUUUUUU